UGAACUUUUUCUUUUAGUUUGGCUUUUGUUUUUAGUCCUUACCUCAUAUCUCUCUCUUAAACUUAUUUUUUUCUUGUCUUUCUGAAUAUCUCCAAACACUCCAUGUGCUCCACCUUCCAUACCCCUUGGUGCCCUUUGGCUUCAAAAGAAUCUAUCUUUUCCUAUGAGAGAGGAGAGAGACAGGCAGACGUGCAGUUCCAAUCAUGUAGGUUCUUCUGGCACUGCAUGUGCAUCAAUGGCUUCGGCCCACUUCAUAUUAUUCUACACUUCUUUCUCAGCUUCUCUUUGAACUAGUCUUUAACUACUUUAUAUCAUAUAUAUUUUCCUGUAUAUAUAUAUACAUACAAAUACAAAAAGAUAUACACUCUUUCUCCCAAUGCCGAUCAUAACCUGUAUGUAAAAAGUACAGCCAAAACUUUAAACAUAAUACUUGAUGCUACUCAAGAUGAGCAGUAGUACCGUAGCACCUUGCAGCCGAUCAUGGUCCAUAAGUGAGGACUCAUUGAAAAGAUAUGUUCACUUUGCGAGUGAGAGCUGCAUACAAGAGUUACUUUCUGCUUCCGACUCCAACAGAGUUGUUGGGAAUAAUGGCGCCAGUGGCAGCGAUGGAUGGAAGGUUCUUACGCUUGAGAAUGGAGUUGAGAUAUCUAAGCGCCGGUCUGGAUCUCUUCAUGCCUUUCGCAGCCGUUGGCUGCUUAAAUCGCUUUCACCUCAGCAGUUCAUCACUGUUGCAAAUGCCAUUGAUGCUGCAAAGCAAUGGGACUCUGACUUGGUAGAAGCUAAGUACAUCAAGGACCUGGAAGAAAACUUGAGCAUAAUUCGCCUAAGGUUUGGAGAUAGUGCUAAGCCACUGUUUAGAAACAGAGAGUUCAUUGUGUACGAGCGACGUGAAACCAUGGAAGAUGGCACCGUGGUGGUGGCAGUUGCGUCGUUGCCAAAGGAAAUAGCGGCAGGAUUGCAGCCAAAGCAAAACAAUGCAAUCAGGGGACUGUUGCUGCAGUCAGGAUGGGUUGUGGAGCAGCUUGAAGGUGAUGACUCUUGCAUGGUCACCUAUGUUGUACAGCUAGAUCCAGCAGGAUGGCUUCCCAAGUGCUUUGUCAAUCGGUUAAACAACAAACUUGUUAUGAUAAUUGAGAAUCUUAGGAAAUUGGCACAAGCCAGUCUGCCCAAUUAAAUAUAGUAAAUUAAAACCCUUAUGUUAUAAAUUACUGAUGCUAGAAUAUAUAUAUAUAUAUAUAUUUAUAUGAAGUGGUUAAUAUAUUCUUAGUGAGUAUACCAAUUGUAAGUUUCUGGCAAGUAGAGUUAGAAAGUGACAUAAGGUUUUGAACCAAACUAUGUGGUUUGAUAAAUGACACGCAUAUAUGAUGUGGAACUGUCCCUCCUCCAAGGGCUGAGUUGAGUCAUACCAACUGUAAAUUACCCAUUCUCUUAAUUCAGUAUUUUUCAAUAUCAAAACUAGCUUUUCGAUCGUUUUA